UCGCAACACCGCGAACAACUCUGUUCACUGCGUGACGUAGUACUUUUACGGUUGCUGUCGUACGUCGUUAUAUUUCGUAUUUGGACGCGAGUACCGAAAAGUCAACGACACUCUUCAGGAUCUUUUGACUGAUCUAUGUUAACGUAAUUGACGCGGGACAGUCGAUCUGCUAUUAUCGGUGCAAUGAUUCGAUUUGGACUUUUAUUGACCGGUUGUUGUCUUGUUGGUUUGGCUCAAGGUUCCGCAAUCAAAAAUUUCAUAGGAGAACCGGAUUACCGGCAAGUACGAUUACACUGGGAAAUUGAAAAAUCUGCACUACCGAAAAACGGCUACAAUGUCAGAUAUUGCGAGCUUCAAACUUGGGGUCAGCAAAGGUGUCGACUCCAGUUGGUCAACAAUACGGCUGUAGAGAAGAAUUUUAUUGAUGGAGACGAAGAAUUAAAACAAUACUCCGCAGACAUUAAAGGUUUGAGAAUGGCUACCACGUACUCGUUUGAAAUCAAGCCUGUGAAAGAUAAAGAUGGGAAGGAAAGGGAAGUUAGAGCGGAAGGCGACGACAGGAACCAGAACAUGAUUAUAAUUCCUACCAAAGGAUUUUCCGCAAAAGCAACGCAAUGUCUACCGCACGCCAGCGAAAUAGAAGUGUCAACAGGACCAUUCUUUGGCGGCAGGAUCGCCGUGGAGGCUGCGGACGGUGAACGGUGCGCGAUCGAUGGCGAACCCAAUAGUGCCAGAGACACGUACACUUUGAGGAUUAACCACACAGAAUGCGGCAGUCAGGUUAACGAAACCACAGUGGCCACUUUUGUGCUCGUUCAAGAGAAUCUGCCCAUCUUAACCCACAGCACGAGAAGAUUCUUAGUCUUGUGCUCUUACCAACCAGAAACUUUGACCGUCCGGGCCGGAAUCAGUUUACCAAACGCAAAUCGCGGACAAGUUCAAAUCCACCCAGCUUCAGAUAUCGACGAUGAAGAAGACAACUAUUUGGGAAGACGAUCGAGGAAUUUACGUUUGGGGAGAGUCAUGCAAAAACCGGAAGCUUUAGUUAAAGAAGAUAUCCUCUCGCAACCUCAACCUCAAUACAGAAGCCUUAUCGUUCCGAUAUUCGUCAUCACCAUGUUAUCGAUUGCAGGAAUUAUAGGACUAGUUGCAAUAGUUCUAAAAAUAUCCGGAAAGACAUUAGUGGAAGAAAUGGAUAACGUAUCAAUAGCGUCAGAUUUGUCCACCGGCAGUUCGAGUACCAUAUCAGAAGUGGAUAUCUGUAUUGAUGAAAAGGAAGGGGAUUUGUCAAAUGGAAAAGAAGGUGUGAAUUAAUUGAGUAAAAAUAAGUUUCUUGUGUCAAAAACUUUCGACUGGCUGGGCCCUACAAAUUAAUUUAUUAAUCGAAUGCCAUGAAAGUUACCAAUUUUAGUGGCAAGAUUAGAUUCAGACACAUAACCUUUUUCUAAAGAUAAAUGGUUGCCAGUGAUUACAAAUUAAAACGAUUUGAAAGCAAGUCGAGAGACGCUUUGUCUACAAAAUAAAGAAAGUUCAUUGACAGUGAUAAUACUAUUUAUUUUCUUUCAAUUGUGAUGCAAAACGACAUCACAUAGAAGGAUAACAAAGCAGAAUGCAUUGUGUAUCGCUAACUUAUGCAUUCCUAGAAAUGUGAUACCUAUAAUGUUGUUUGUAACUGUAAACAAUGUUUUAAGUGAUUAGGAUAAGAAGACGACAGUACUAAUUGAUAUUUAGUGGUAUUUACUGAUGACAGAUAAAGGCUGAGAGUGUUUCGAAAAUGCGGUUUGUUUGGAGUUUAUAUGAAAUGUUUAAUUAAUUUAUGAAAGAUUUUAAGAAAAGUAAUUGUUAUUUGAUCAGAAAUUAACUGAAGCGAAAUGCGGCAAAAUUAUCUUAACUAUACCUAAAGUUUAAUGGUAGGUGACUAAAUUAUUCAUAUAAAUUUUAUGUUUGAAUAAUAAUAAAAUAGGAAUAUAUUUUAUAAGAUUAUAUCUAUAUUAUUUAUAUAGACCUCAUAACUUAGGUAUUUUAGAUGUUAAGGAAUAUGGAUCGUGGUUGCAUUAAGUUUGCACGUGAUUUGUAUAAUAUUUAUACUAGGUGUUCAAUCUUAAUUAGAUAUUCGAUGUUCUAUUCGUAUUGAACACUGGGUAUACUCUACUCUGUGCAAUUUUUGGGUAUAUGUAGGUAUUAAAUUGUUUAUUGAUUAGCCAUAAUAUAAAAUGUAUAAAACCUCA